AUGAAGGAAAUGAUAUGCUGUCCACGUAUUAUUAUUAUCAUUUACAUACUUCUAAUCCUCCUGGCAGUAUCGGCCACUUCCUUCAGCGACCGUGGUUUUCACUUGGAGACUCGACAGAUCAGAAGUGAACAUCGAGGAAUUGUCAAUCCACUAAUUUUAAAGUUCGUAAAUAACUACAACGGGAGCGAUCUAUAUGCCUACAUAACUGGCACAGAUGGGCAAGGCAACCUUGUGCUUCUGACAACUACGGGCAUGUGGUACUACCCUGAUACACUAAAUGGAACUGCGGUCACAAAAAUUGACAGUACUACCAUUGCCAUUCCGAUUCCGGGUAAGGUAAAUGGCAUGCAGAGUACUCAGAUUACUAUUCCCGGUUACAUAUCUGCUGGCCGGGUGUGGGUUUCGGAAGGCGAGCUUGAGUUUUUUGCCGUGGCAUCUGCCCACGGUACCAUAACGCUGAAAGAACCAUCUGCCUUCGAUCCGGAUGAUGCUUCUGCGCAAGUUGACUGGGGUUUCCUGGAACUCACAUACACUGAGGAAAGUGGACUUUACGCAAAUCUCUCCUUUGUAGAUUUCGUCGGACUCGUCCUGAGUAUGGUGUUGACUCUUGAUAAUGGCGAAGUUCAGGUCGUAAAAGGGGUGGUUGAUAAUGCUGUUAUGGAAGUGUGCGCUGCUUUGCAAACGCAGACUAAUUUGGACAGUAUGCCAUGGGAUCAAAUGUGUGUUUAUUCAGAAAAGGGUAUUCCCCUCCGAGUACUCGCUCCCAACCUGUUUGAGUCUAUCAAUCCUGGUUCCAUGGAAAGUUACUAUACAGACUACGUAGACCAUGUCUGGAGACUAUAUGCAACAGAAGAUCUUACUUUCAACCCUGGUACAAAUCAGUCAAUCAAAUGUCGCGUGGGUGAUGACGAUGAGCUCAGUUGUGACGGCGAUAACCGAUCUUAUUGUCGGCCCCAGACGGCGGAUAUCUGGAGCUGUAGUACGGGGCCUUUUGCGAUACGGGAAUCUGAUAACGACGUCCACCGUGCUGUUGUUCCACGCUUGUGUGCGGCUUUUACUCGUACCACCCUGCUUCUGGACGGUGGGGAUACACAGCCAUCUUUAAAGAACACCAGCUACUAUCUGAGAACCCCUACCAACCAUUAUAGCAGAAUUGUGCACGAAAAUGAGGUAGACGGAAAGGGUUAUGCAUUUUCUUAUGAUGACGUCAGCUCCGUUCAAGAGAAUGUUGCAGGUGUAGUUGCAGGAGCGAAUCCUCGUUCAUUAGAAAUUAUGAUUGGAGGAUAUCGGAGUGGUUGA